AUGCUCACCAAGUUCGAAGAUGUCCGGCGUCGUCACAAAGAGGCUGGUACGGUCCCUUCGCGGCAAGAAAUCGUCGAAAUGCACAAGGUCGUCAUGGAGUCUGCCAUCAAUUGGGCCAAGGAGGUUUGGGAUGAGUUACAGUCUUCCACGAUUUCAAACUGCUGGCACCAUACGAGCAUUCUUGGCGAUGGCAUGGUAAAGCUCUCAGUGCUCUUUCAAACCCUGCACAUGGAUUCGACAUCCAUCCGUUUCUUGACUCAUUAG